AUGGAAAAAACUGUACUUCAAGAAACACAACGUUUACUUGAUAUGAUUGCUAAACGUGAUCUAAAUGACGAUGAAAAGCAACACUUAAUCGAUGAAACGGUUGAUAAUUUCAAUAAUUAUAUCAAUCCAGGCUUUUUACAAUAUCGAAAAUCAUUUUCAUCUGAUUAUGUUGCAGUCGAAUGGGCGGAUAGUGGUUCAACAUUUACUUGUGUUAAAGGCAUUGAAUAUAUCGAUUGUUUAGGAGGAUUUGGUAUUUAUAAUGUUGGUCAUCGUCAUCCAAAAGUAUUAAAAGCAGUUAAUGAUCAAUUACAACGUCAAGCAUUACAUUCACAAGAAUUACUUGAUCCAUUACGAGGUUAUUUAGCGAAGAUUUUAGCAGAAUUACUUCCGGGCAAUUUAAAAUAUUCAUUUUUUACCAAUAGUGGUACUGAAUCAGUUGAAGGUGCAUUAAAAGUGGCUAUGCUUGCAACAGGUCGUCGAACAAUAAUUGCUGCUAUAGGUGGUUUUCAUGGAAAAAGUUUAGGUUCCUUAAGCGCAACUUCAAAAGCUGUUUUUCGAAGACCAUUUUUACCAUCAUUACAUCAUAUGCGUCAUGUACCAUUUAAUGAUUUACGUGCAAUUGAACAAGUAUUCGCUAGUUUACACUUUACGGGUGACGAUGCUGCUGCUGUUUUACUUGAACCAAUACUUGGUGAAGGUGGAGUUAUUGUAGCAAAUGAUGAUUAUUUUCCAACUGUUCGUCGUUUGUGUGAUAAAUAUGGUGCUUUAUUAAUAGCCGAUGAAGUUCAAACUGGUAUGGGACGAACUGGAAAAAUGUUUUGUGUUGAACAUUGGAAUGUUGAACCAGAUAUUAUAUGCUUGGGUAAAGCGUUUGGUGGUGGCAUUAUUCCAGCAGGUGCUUUUGUUGGUACAGAAAAAAUAUGGAAACCAAUAUUUGAUAAUCCAUUUUUACAUACAACAACAUUUGGUGGUAAUCCAUUAGCAUGUGCAGCAGCAAUAGCAACAAUACAUGUUUUAUUAGAGGAGCAUCUUUGUGAACGUGCACGAACUAUUGGUGAUAUAUUUUUAAGUAAACUUAAAUCAAGUAUUAAACCAUAUAUACCACAUAUAGCACUUGAUGCUCGUGGUAAAGGUUUAAUGCUAGCUUUAGAAUUUCCUGAUACAGAUAUUGGUUUUCGUGUUUCAAAAGGUUUAUUUCGAGAAAAAAUACUUGUUGCUGGUACAUUAAUUAAUGCAAAAACAAUUCGUAUUGAACCACCAUUAACAAUAACAUUAGAACAAAUCGAUCAAGUUAUUAAUGCUUUAGAUAAAGUAUUAAAAGAAAUUUCAAAUGACAUAAAACCUUCAUUAUCAAGUAAUGAUUUAAAUACUAAAACAAUGACAAUGAAUACUCUUCAACGCACUGUACUUUCACAGCAAUUGUGA